AUGUUCCAGUUCCCCAAAAUCCACUCGUUUCCUCCCUUCUACACCAAGCAGAGCAAUGCCACGAUUCUAGAAAACCAGCUAAACGAGUGGUGCACGGUGGUGCUUCUGUACUGCCAGUACCACAAGAUCUACAUACUAUCGCCCCAGGGUGCCGUUUUGAGCAAGCAGAAUGACGGCGAGCCGGUUGAAGGAUUGUUCGAGAACAGCGACAUCGAGCGGCGCGUGUCGCCCGACUUCUGCCGCGACAUUCUCCACCACCUUAUCCACAAGGUCAAGCGGGCCACCUACGUCAACAGCAAGAAUCAGGACGCCGGCGUCUUGAUACUCUGGCGCACCUUGGAGGAGUGGGCCGAGCUUCUCCGGGACCACGUUGAAAAGACGGGGCAGUUGGGCUCCAUUUUGACCGUGUACGAGUUGACCAAGCUGGAGGACUCGGCGAUCCACGAGGAGUUGCGGAACAUCGACAGCACGCUAUUCGUGCGGAUCUUGCAGGUGUUGACGAAGCAGGGGAAGGCGCAGAUCAUCAAGUCUGAGGACAACCCUGCGGAGAUCGGCGGCGUGAAGAUCGUCUGA